CGGGCCAGCAGGGGGCGUCGUGUCAUUUUAUGUGCUUUGCAUCUUCGCCGGGCGGGAUUUCCGCAAUAAUAUCAAGUAUGGCGAAAACAUACGACUAUUUGUUUAAAUUACUGCUAAUCGGGGACUCUGGUGUCGGGAAGACCUGUGUCCUCUUCAGGUUUUCAGAAGACGCCUUCAACUCAACGUUUAUCUCAACAAUAGGUAUUGAUUUCAAGAUUAGGACAAUAGAGCUUGAUGGCAAGAAGAUAAAGUUACAGAUAUGGGACACAGCUGGUCAGGAACGUUUCAGAACAAUCACAACGGCCUACUACAGAGGAGCAAUGGGGAUCAUGCUUGUCUACGACAUUACAAAUGAGAAAUCAUUUGACAAUAUCAAGAACUGGAUAAGGAACAUAGAGGAACAUGCGUCAUCUGAUGUCGAGAAAAUGGUUCUUGGCAAUAAAUGUGACAUCAACGACAAGAGGCAGGUUUCCAAAGAUAGGGGAGAGAAGCUUGCACUAGAGUAUGGGAUCAAGUUCAUGGAGACCAGUGCAAAGGCCAACAUCAAUGUGGAAAAUGCGUUUUUGACUCUUGCCAGAGACAUCAAAUCAAAGAUGGACACAAAAAUGGAAGGCAACGCCCCUCAGGGCAGCAGUCAUGGAGUCAAGAUCUCCGAGCCACAGAAAAAGUCCAGUUUCUUCCGCUGCAGCUUGCUCUGAGAACAGAAGCCUUCCAUGCUGGCCUCAGGCCGGCCGGACACAACUUGACUGUGCUUGCUCUCAGCACUUCCUCCUCUCUUUUUUUCUUCUUUUUUUUUUUUUUUUGCUUAUUCCUCCCAACCAUGGCCUCUCCCGGUUCUCCCGGUCUGCAAAAACCACUAUUGUCAGUCAGUUAGCGGAGGACUUCCCCUCCACUCUUCCUUUUCUGAAGGCUUCCAGAGGUGCGUCGCUUCCAUUAUUAGAGGAAAACUUGUCUUUACUUUUCAAGAGUUUUUAACUGACAAAGGACUCAUCACUGAUGUGUUUUCUGUUACAAAAUCGGGGRCUUCUUGUAUUUCUCUCAGUCAGUAGCACAGCCAGCGGCAGAAGAUACUUGCCUCAUUAUAAUAUUUUUGAAUUGGAAAUCAAAUGUGGYAUUUUGGUCUACUUUUAAUGGCACUCUUCAGGUGUUUGUGUUACACGUUGCUGAGCAGAGGCUGAUGGUUCUGAACUUCAGUGAAACAGAGUUGCACUUUUUUCAUAUCAGCAGCUAAAGUCAUAUCAAGGCGUAUAAAGUCAACUCGAAAUUAUUCAGAAAGUUGUGUUUUUGUUUGUUCUUGUUUGUUGUUCUCGACAAUCAUCCGAUGAGACUGAAAACGUCCUGAUCACUGCCUCCAAACUAUUUUUGCAGUAGCAUUCAAGUGUAGGUAAAAUAUCAUCCUUUGUUUUCUCAGUCCUGUUUUCCAAAUUUAGAUUAAAAAAAAAGAGGUGGCAUAUUUUUGUAAAAGGGUCUUUAAAGUGGCAACUUGUAUUAGUGGUAGAGAUGAACUAUGAGGCUUUUCCUGGUUGAAAGAACCUUUUCUUUAUGCUAAUUUCUUCCUAUGAAGGCAUAAAAAGGUGAAAUGGUUCCAUAGGUUCCUUGUUAGAUGUUGCAGUUUUAAUUCUAACAGAAAAUGAAGGAAUUACGAGAUUAUUCCCAUCAAAGCAUAAGCCACAAACCCUCUUGAUUUUUGUUGAACUGAAAAUGAAUUGUUUUGAAGCAUAUGCUGUGGGUUGACGCAUUUAUACACUGAAAACAGUGAGAUUUAACAUUUUAUAACACAUUUAAUCAAUAAAAAAUAAAAAAUKUGUUAUUUGGUAUUCUAAUGAAAGAAACAUUGGCUUAUUCCAGGUCUUGUCAGAUUGUUGUGUUUAUAUAUUGUUAAAUGUUUGGAAAUAACCGAAGAGGCCAAGAGUAACAAWCUAUUAUAUGAUACAUAAACAUUCGGUUUUUCAUAUUGGGUUGCGUUAUCWUCUGUGUUUGACAGCCUCACAGGCAUGUGGGCCUGGUGUUCACCCAAAACCAAGCAUUUUCAGAAACUAAGCCCUAAAAUGUUAUCAAUCAGAACAGACUGAUUCUGAGGCCCAAAACGUAGAAGCCAGAUUUACUUUUUACCGUCACAGGUUAAAUCUACCUAUAUUAAAAUGUUUCUUCAUAGUGGUUUGGGCGCAGCUGGUUGAAGGAUGGAUUGCUGUGAACAUGCAUGGAAAAAUUAAGUAUUUAAAUUUGUAGAAAUACCCCUAGUUUUUUAAAAACAAAUAACAGAAAUAGAGUAUUUAUUCAUUAGGUUUUCCAGGAGACRGAUAGAUGAUACUGCUUUAUUUACUUCCUGGUUGGAAUCAGACGUUUGUGCUUCAUUUGUCCUCAGAUGUCAAAACUCUCAUUAUAUUCUACAGAAAACUCUGGAGCUGUGUUGAACAUUUGCAUUAGUUUUUCAGCAAUUUUCUCAAAGUUUUUGAAACGGACGUAGAGCAUCACACAUCCUCCACCGUGCUCAACRGUGAGCAUCAGGUGCUUUUCAAUAUUUUCYUUUUUCAMACAGGAAAAAGUGUUGUAUUAUAUGUUAGUAUUUUCCAGAUGUGGAUAAUAAGUUGAGCUUUAAUCCCCUACCACAUGGUCUGAAACUGCCAUCUAUUCAGCUGGUUACACAUGCAAUCACUUCUUCCAUAUUUUAAACAUGACUGCAGUAGCAAUGGCUGCUGCUAAUUCAUAGUGAACAAAAAUGGAGGGCUAAAUUAGACGAAUAAGUCUGGGAAAGUUUGGAAUUUUCUCAUGAAAAAUGAGUGGAAAGUCACACAAACUGAGCUGAUCACGUCAAAUCUUGAUAACUAUAUUGAAUUCUGGUGAAAUGGAGUCUUAUUCUGCUAAUAUUAUGACUAUAUUUUUGUAAUUAAGCAAAUAAAAAAAUCCUAGCCUGCCCAUAAUGCUAUGUUGAAUAACUUACCGAAGAGAUGACUGAAAUAAUAUCCACUUUUUAAAAAUAUUUGUAAUUUCUUUUUUCUUUUCUUUUCUUUUUUUUUUAGAAAAGAAAGGGAAGAAAAUUAAAUUAUAAAAUUGGUUCUGGCAUGAAAAAAACUCAACAAACUUCAUAUCUUCCCGAUUGAGAUGCAGGGAUCUGUGAUGCUUAUUCGGCGGCUUGGUUUUUAAUGGUUACCAUGGAGACGGUGAACAAAAUACGCCGAUCUCUCACUAGGAAAAUCGUUUCUAGAUAACAUUCAAGCUCAAAUGACGCCUCUGGUCAUGAACUGCAGGYUCCCUUUGAGCUCCCCCAGCACUUUACCAUCACGUCGUGCGUUUGUCCGUGCCAAGUGAUGGCUUCGUUUUAUAACAACUCKGUGUCGAUCUGUUGCGUCUGUGAUACCAAAAUCUUAACAGCACCAAGUGAUCCAGCAUCCUCCUACUGUAAUCUGUCACCUUGAAGCGUUUGCUUCCUUGUAAUUUCUGUAAACUGAUGUAAAUCCAGUAUGUAGGCAUAGAAUAGAAGGGUUUUAAGCUAAAGCCUGCCACUUUGUUCUUUAAAAGUUUGUGCUCUGCUCACGUCAAAGCAGGCUUGAAUUGAGCUCAUUUCAGGUGUUUUCCACAUUGUUUAGUUUUGAUGUUUGAUAUCUAGGUGGUGCUGUAGAACCACUAUGCCUCUUUUAGCUAAACCACCUAAACAAAAAWUUGAGUCAGUAUUUACAUAAAUUCAGAAAAAAAGGAGGCCAGAGUUAAUUGAAAUGCUUUUCUCCUGCUUACCUCAUGUUGGCAUUCUUAUGUUAGUUGUUUUUCUGAAAACUCCACAGCGUUCAGAAAGGCAUUUUUAUGGUUUGGUUGUGGCUUUUUUUUUUUUUUUAAGUAUCAAAGAAAGAUUUGGGACCUCGUGAUUACUAGGACCAUUUGUCUUAACCGUCAGAUCUCAUAGCUGAGCUAUGCAUUGUGAAUCUUGGACCUUUGUAUAUCAUAAACCCUUACAGAUGAAUUUAUUUGCUUUGUUACAUUUAAUGUGUUUUUUGUCACUCACUGAGCCAGAAACAGGUCAGGCUUGUUUGAAAACUGCAUGUUAAACUUUAGCAGCAAUUAUUUUUGACUGAUUGAGUUUAUUUUAUUUUAUUUUAUUUUUUAACUUUUUCUUAAAAGUAAAAAAAUCACAUGUUGUAAUAAAGCAAACACACAUUUUUAGCAGCCAUGUUUUCAUUCUGUCUGUUGGGAAAUUCACAGGGAGAAGUUUAGAGGGGUGGGGGGGAAAUUAUAUAAAUAUCAUUGAACAUUGAUAUUUACAACAUAAAUCUAUAUAAACUGUACUGUACUUUCUAAACCCAUAUGAAAUGUAUCUACCAACUGUAGAUAUGCGUACUUUUGAUUUAAUAAAAAAGGAUCUAAAAAUGG